CCGGAAGUGCACCUUCUUCUUCCGCCUGCCGGACGACAGGACGAGAUACGUAAAUAAACGAACGCAUGUUUCCGAAAUACGGCAAUAUCGUUCUUAAAUUGUUCAAGCGAUGCCGCGACUCAUAUCGAGAUAUGUAUAACUAUAAGGAGGUUGAAUCAAUUAUAUUAUGAUUAUACAUCGUUAGAUGAAUUUAGAUACUAGAUAAAGCGAACGUCAGAUGACUUUUGAUCAGAUACUACUUGAUACUAUUAGAUACCACUAACGUGAAUGUUAGAUAAUAGUAUAGAGCUAGAUUACUUUAGAUAAGAUACUACUAAAUAAUACGAGGUACCAUUCAUUUACGUUCCAUCUCCAGCGAUGCCUUCUGCUCCAGUGGUUCAGUAGGGACAUGUUGUGACGAAAGGUCAUCAGGUUGGGGUUAAGGGGUCAAAGAUCGUCAGCAUCAGAGGAGACAGGAGUCACAUCUGUAUUCCGGGUGGUGGGGACCAGUCUACGUUAGAUGGACGCUGCCGGUCGCGUUUUGGUCGUCGUUGUUUAAGAAGCGCGCUUCCCGUCCUGUGAGAUGCUCGUCCUGCUGGGAAGGAAGGGUCUGGUGGGACUGGCGGUGGGAGCCACCGCGGGCCUGGGACUCAUCGCGUUGAUCAUCUACCAGGAGGUGAGGAGGAGGAGGAGCAGGUGCCAGCAGGAGGUGCUGCAGAACGCGCCCCCUCCUCCCCAACUGGUGCUCAGCUCGGUCCACCUGGAUGCCGAAGAGGCGGAGGCCCAGCAGCAGGCCCUGGCGGCGGUGGAGGAGGCUGUGCGCCUCCUUCCCCCCGCCCAGCAGGGAGAGCUGCGGGCCCAGCUGGACCAGGUGCUGAGCUGCGUGUCGUCCCUCCGCUCCGAGGUGGCAGAGCUCCGGGGGGGGCUGCACGCCAUCGCCCUGCAGAUCAUCCAGGACGUCAAGAGGGGCGUGGAGGACAGCCAGCGCGCCCGCCGCCGCCGCCCCCUCAGGGAGCGCAGCGACUCCCAGAGCUCCAGCUCCGUGUACUUCACCGCCAGCCAGGGCGCCGCCAGCACGCAGGGCGUGGCCAGCGAGGCGGGGUACUCUACAGCGUACGCGGACUCGGACUACACGGACCGAGAGACGGACCGCGAGGAGGGGGAGGGGGGGGGGGAGGGGGAGGAGUCUGAGGAGGAGGAGGACCAGAGCUGUGCCACGGUGCUGACGCUGCGGCAGGAGGAGUCCCAGGAGGACUCCCCCGAGGAGGAGGAGCAGGAGGAGCAGGAGGAGCCGGUGAAGGAGGUGCUGAGCGGGGAGCUGGCUCUGCUCCUGGCCCAGAGCGACGUGCUGCAGACCGGAGACGCCCGGCUCAGAGCGGACGGGCUGGGGCUGCUGCAGGCGCACAGGACUCAGUACGGCGACAGCAGGGACUUCCUGUGGCGGCUGGCGCGGGCGUACAGCGCCGUGCACGCCGCCACCCACGACCCGGAGCAGCGGAGCACCAUCGCACAGCAGGGUCGUGACGAGGCAGAGAGUGUCCUGAGGAAGAAUGAUCUGGAUGCAGAUUGUCACAUUAGGUUUGCGGUCCUGGCCGGCCUGACGUCGCAGACAGACAGCAUGCACAGCAAACUGAAGAGCCAACGCAUCCUCAAGGAACAUCUGGACCGCGCCCUGGCCCUGAGAGACGACCUCCCACUGGCCUUCUACCUGCUGGGGAGCUGGUCCUACCAGGUGGCGACGCUGGGCUGGCUGGAGAGGAAGGCGGCGGCGGCGCUCUACGACCAGCCCCCCAAGGCGUCCCUCCACGACGCCCUGGGCCACUUCAUGAAGGCAGAGCAGCUCAGCCCGGGCUACUCCAAGCUGCUGCGACUGCACAUCGCCAAGUGUCACAAGGAGCUGGGGAACGCGCCGGAGGCCGGGAGGUGGACCCGACUGGCCCUGGAGGCCCCCGCGACGCCUGACGAGGACGAAGAGACUGCAGCACUGCAGGUGGAGCUGUCGGCUGUGACCGACCAAUGAGACUCCACUUGGAACACGCACUGAUUGGCCGGUUGGGCUGUCCGUCAGACCCGACCACGCCCACUCUCAGAACAGGAGCACCACUGUGAAGACCAUGAAGUUAUUUAAGGCAGCCUGUAUCCUCAGACCUCUAACCCGGUCCGGGAGCCUCUUGACCCUGAUCUUAACGUACGAGAAGACAUUCCCAUGAUUUGAAGUGAAUUUAGUGUGACGUUACUUUCCAGCCAUUAUAAAACAUUCUUAAUUAUGGAAUAAUACUUAAUCUAAUAUUGUAUUUUUGAAUAUUUUGGGUCCACUAUCGUCUUGUCCCCCCCCCGACCGACAGAGCUGAACCCUGGCCUCAAACCCCCGGGUCCACGGGGUCGAGGCGCCCGGCGUCGGGGGCAUCAUGUGAAGGCUGAUUCUAGAUGUUUGACGGUCGUGGGCCGCUGCGUCGGGCUCGGGCUCGUUCUGUUUCGUCUGAGAUUUGGUGUUCAUGUCUUCUUCUCACCUUGAAGUUCAAUUAAAGUGUGAAA